UGUAAGAUCGUCUCUCUCUCUCUCUCUCCCUCGCAACGUUAUCAGAGCCAUCAUCAUUCGGCGAUGAAAUGCUGGAGAAGGAAGAAGGAGAAGGACAAGGCGAGAAAAUGCUUCCUGGAAAACGGAAGCAUGUUUCUUGAGCAACUCAUCGCCGACUGUAACGGCAUAUCAAACCCUAUCCGAAUGUUCUCUUCCGACCAAAUUUCCAAGGCCACGAAUCAGUUCGAUCCCAUGUGUUCUCUCCCGCAUAUUUCGCCUUACUUCACCUGGUACAAGGGAGUCAUCGAAGGCAGAUCUUACUUGAUCAAGAGAUUUAUACAUCCAGUGGUUGGAGAAGAAGAGAGAGCUUACAGCGAUUGCCUUUUCCUCAAACUCAUUGGUUCUUGUCUCGAAUUUCCUCUUCCGGUGCUGGUAUAUGAAGACCUAGAAUAUAGAGCUUUGAACAUUCGAGGAAGUGUUGGUUCCGAGGACGGGCCGUUGCUGCCUUGGAAUGUACAUUUGAAGAUUGCCAAAGAGGUUGCGACUGCUAUAACUUAUCUUCACACUGCUUUCCCUAGAAUCAUUCUACAUAGAGAUAUCAAGGCAGCUAAUGUUUUCUUGGAUAAGAACUGGAAGGCUAGCCUCACAGAUUUCUCUAGCGCCGUGACACUCCCUGAGGGAUACGUAGAUUCUUAUUAUUUGGCCACGGGCAUAGUGACAGAAUAUUCAGAUGUGUUCAGUUUCGGAAUCCUUAUGCUGGUUCUUUUGUUGGGACGACCACAACUUCUACCAGAUGGGCACUCGGAUUUUCGUACUAGUGUUCUUGAUUAUGUGAAGGAUCUGCGAGAGAGAGGAGAACCUGUUGAAUUCGGGGGUGACAUGAGGCCUGGUCAGAUGAAUAUGUUACUCGACCUGGCACUCAGAUACUGCGAGGAGAGAAAUGAAGACAGGCCAAAGAUGAUCUCCGUGGCAAAAGAGAUUAAGCUUAUAGAACAAGCAUCACUCUAGGAUAGUCAGAUUUAAGAUUUGAGAUUGCUUAUACCUAGUUGGGUUGUGUAUUGUGUAUUGCUCUCCCAUUUCUGACCAUUAAUAUUUUGUAAGAUUUAAUUUUCUGAGUAAAACUUUCAUUCUGUUUAGAAAAGAGUUUUGAGGGUACAUACAUCUAUCUUUGGGUUUUAAAAGCAGGCAGAACAUGUGAGAUGGUUUUCAUUUCAGACAGACAAGCUUUGAUGUUGAAGAACUGACUCCAGGUGCAAAAGAGUGAGUUUCAAACUUGUUGACUGCAAAAAGUUGACUUUCUGAAACUCUGAUGGCUUCAGAUUCAACAAUAUCUUCACGAGGAGACAAAUUUGACUGCCAUUAACAUUUUUAAGACAUCAAAAGCAUUUCUUUACUGAAGCAAAAAGACAUGAUCUUCGUAGGGAAGUGUGGUCUAUGUGAGUGAUUUGAAGCAUAACAUGUUGAGAUUUUUAGUGAAGCUCUUGUUACUUCUGAAACAAACAAACAAACAAACUCUUUUCAAGUUAUUAUAUGUAGCUGUAAGGAUUUUAAUGAAUAUGCUCUUAGAGAAAAACUGUAUUCAGCGUCUGAAGAAAUAAACUCUUUUAACAACAGUCUGAUACAGAAACGCCAAUAAGUAGCAAACAAAGAUGGAGAACCAUUGGAGGAGAAAGAAUGAACUCAAAAUUUGAAAAUUUCUGAUUGUUUUGUACUUUUGUAUGAACUCAAUGGAACCAGCGUGAAUUUCCAGAACAAACCAAGUUCAUCUGUUUCUGCGUGUGAAGAACUUUUGAUGAAGUUUCCAUCGUUCUUCUAGGUUUGUGAAGCUUCUAUGACUAAUGGGAAAUAACCGACAGUUGAAAAAUAACCUGUAGAGACUAGAGAGACAUUGGUCAUAAGAUAGAAAAAGGAUAUUUAUAAGAGUCCCACAUCGUAAGACAGAAAGUCAUUAGUCAUAUACUUCACACUAUAAAAAGAAAGCCUAACCCCACUUCCAAAUCUUACCUUUCUCGGCCUUUUGGCUAAGAUCAAGUGUAGUAUCUGUUCUUAUCAGUUUAAUAUCUGAUAUGUGAGCCAUCGAUACACACGAUAUUAACUCUAUUUUUUAUGGGAGAAGGCCAUUAAGAUAGCCUGCUAUCUGAACCUUCAUGAGUCGACCAUGCAUUGCACUACUGCACGGGCCUGGCUCAACCCGCCAAAAACAGUUCAAUUCUUAACACACAUAAACAUCGCUUAGCUUUGUAGUGUUCCCAUCAUGAGAAGACGGUUUGGAGCUAAGAAAUCGCUAUAGCUAUCUCUUUUGCCAUCUUAGUUCAGCAUACUCACAAAACUAAACCGGAUAUUCUCAAACUAAAGACAACAUCCUUACAAUUUGAGGAAGUUCUUGUAACCAUUCACCAUUUAUUGAAACUGCUCUGUCAUCAGAUCUGUACUAACGUAUCAAAGGUGUAAAUUCCUUAUGGCUCUUUUGAUUUGGACAUGCCGGUUUUCGAGCAUAUCUCUGUUUUGCACAAAAACUCCAAAAGAAACAUGUGAUUGCUGAAGUUUGUUGGUGUAUUAUAUGAUUAUAUGAUUUGGUUAGCAGAUUUUGAUUUGUCAUUGCAAAGCUCGAUGAGAUCUUCCAAGGAGACAUUUCCAGUCUCUUGGAACGAUCUUAGCGGUUGAUUUGCUUCUGAGUUCUUCUUCUUUGUCUUGUUUAUCAAGCACCUCUUAUGAUCAAUACCAUGAGUACAAUUAAAAAUAACUUAACUGGAGAUGACUUCUGUUGGAGAAAGGAUGAGGAUGGUUCAAAAGGAAAGUGAUGUCGGAACACAAGUUGAGAGUCAAAAGGAAUAAUAACUGAAAUAUAAAAUAGGAGUAUUAGAUAUUCGUUUUAACAUAUGUUUAUUAUUUCCCACAACACUUUCCCUUUGUCCUUUGAACAAUCUCAUCAAGAAACCUCAAAGGAAACUGUAUCGUCUCUCUCUCACUCACAACGGCGAUGGAAUUCUGGAGAAGGAAGAAGGAGAAGGGCAAGGCGAGAAAGUGGUUUCUAAGAAAUGGAAGCAUGUUUCUUGCGCAACUUAUAGCCGACAGUAACGGCAUGUCAAACCCUAUCAGAAUGUUCUCUUCCUAUCAAAUUUCCAAAGCCAUCAAUCACUUCGAUCCCAAGUAUUCUCUCCCUGAUAUUACAUCACCCUUAGACUGGUACAAGGGAGUCAUCGAAGGCAGAUCUUACUUAAUCAAGAGAUUCACAAGGCAAGUGGGUGGAGAAGAAGAGAGAGCCUACAACGAUAUUGUGUUAUCAGCUCGGGUAAGUAAUCACAUUGGUUUCCUCAAACUCAUUGGUUCUUGUCUCGAAUUUCCUCUUCCGGUGCUGGUAUUUGAAGACCUAGAAUAUAGAGCUUUGAACAUUCGAGGAAGUGUUGGUGCCGAGGACGGGCCAUUGCUGCCUUGGAAUGUACGAUUGAAGAUUGCAAAGGAGGUUGCGACUGCUAUAACUUAUCUUCACACUGCUUUCCCUAGAAUCAUUGUCCACAGAGAUAUUAAGGCAACUAAUGUUUGUUGGAUAAGAAUGGGAGGGCUAAGCUCACUGGUUUCUCGCUUGCCGUUACACUCCCUGAGGGUAAGACGUGGAUUAAAGAUAGAUUGGCUGGAACUUUCGGAUACAUAGAUCCUAUUUAUCACUUAACGGAAAUAGUGUCAGAAUACACAGAUGUGUUCACUUUUGGAAUCGUUAUGCUGGUUCUUCUGAUGGGACGACCACAACUUCUAUCAGAUGGGCACACAGUUUUUGGUACUAGUAUUCUUAAACAUGUGAAGGAUCUGCAGGAGAGAGCAGAACCUGUUGAGUUCGGGGGUGGUUCGAACGACAUGAGGCCUGGUCAGAUGAGAAUGUGUCUCGACCUGGCACUUAGAUGCUGUGAGGAGAGGAAUGAAGACAGGCCGAAGAUGAUCUUGGUGGCAAAAGAGAUUAAGUAAAUAGAACACGCAUCAAUUUGAGAUUAUGCUCAUACCUAGUAGGUUUGUGUAUAUGUGUAUUGCUGGAUUUCUUGUAGUAUAUGAUUAUCUAGUAAGACUUCAUUAUGGUCUAAAUUAUUUUUAAAAUUUUUAACUCAUAAAUACUUUAAAUUUCUUAAAUCUAAAAUCUAAAAAUAAAAAUAAUAUAUAAAACAUAAAUUUGAGCUAUGUAUGCCAAAAUACCAAAAUUUAACAUAAAAACUGGUUUGAUAUGAAUAUUUGGAUUGAAAAGUAAGCAUAUUAACUAAAAUCACUAGGAAGUUGACAUGUACGCAAAUUUCUUAGAUAAGUAUAGAUAUAUUUAUUUAUACUAUUAUUUAAAAUUUAUUUUGAUAUCUAUAUAGUUAUCAUGAUAUUUAAGUUAAUUAAUAAAAAUUUACAUAUUUUACUGAUAUAAUUAUCAUCAUAUUUAGGACUUCUAAUUAAAUAGAUAUUAACAAGAAAAGUACCCUACGAUAGCACUAAAAAAGUUUUGGUCACAAAAAUAGAACACAAAGAAGAAAAUGACCAAAAUGUUUUAUUAAAGAGGUAAAUAUAUAUUUAUAUCCCUAGGGUUAACUAAUCCAAACCUUAGGGUUUAGAGUUAAGGGGUGGAGAUUUGGGAUUGAGGUUUAAAAUUUUAUAAAAUAAAAAAUAAAUAUUAAAAAUUUGAAAAUAAAAAAUUUUAAAAUAGUUUCAAAAGUAUUUUCGAAUUACAAAAAGAAAAUUUGAAAAAAAAAAUAUUUUAUACAAAAGUUCGAAUUUGAGAACAUAUUCUAAAACUAUUAAAAAAAAUAAUUUUUUUUUUAUUUUUUUAUCUAGGGUAUUAGUGUUAUUUUACCUAUUAAAUAAAAUAUUAUGGUCAUUUUCCUUUAUUGUGGUCUAUUUUUGUGUGACCAAAACUUGAAAAUAGUCUAUUUAGGAGAAUUGUCCUAUUAACAAUUGAUAUUAACAAUAUCUACCGAUAAUAUCAUCAUUACUUUUAUCUUAUAUUUAUUUUAUGAUUUUAAUGACUAAUAUUAUAGCCAGCUUCUCUGUUUUUAUUGAAAAUAUUGAUUAAAUACAGAUUAUUAUAAAAUUUAUAUAUAAAUAUACUAAUAUAUCUGAAUUAACCAGUUUACUCGGUUUGAGCACUUAAUAUACUGAACCAUAUCCAUAUACUUAGGUUUCUUAAAAAUACACCCAUUCUGUUUAUUUGGUACUGUCAAACCCAAACUAUUUUUUCUAUUUCGAUUUGGUUCGGUUUUAAAUAGAUCGGUUUUUACCGGAUUGAACACUCAUGUACUAUCAUUUUGUUGAUGUUUUAUGUGGUUUUUAAUAAUAUUUUCAGUGCUACAUGAUUUUAUCAGUCCAAAUACAAUGUGUGUUUAAUUACAAAUACAAAUUUUAUAAUUUAAUUAUUACUAAAGAAAAUAUUUUGAUCCAAAAUCUACAUCAUAUAAAUAAAACUAUGAAACAAAAUAACAUAAUUUAAUACAUUGAUUACCAAUAUGAAUAUUGAAAUUUUAUAAUUGAUAAUAAUUUAAAAGUUUUAUCUAAUUUAAUUUUUAUCAUUAUUUAUAAAGAUAAACAUCAGAAUUAGAAAUUGUUAGGUAUAUAUAUUCACACAGGAUGUGGGACACCAACUAGUUUUAAGUAUUUUUGGUGUUUUGAAUGUUAUUUAACUAUUUUAGAUAUUUGCUUUUGACGAUUUUGUAUAUAUUUUCCAAUAUUUUGGAUAACUAUACAUUUUGCUUUUUUUUUUAUGGAUAUUAACUCUAAAAGUAGCUAAUAUAUUCAACUAUAUAAAUCUGAUUCAGAUAUAUUCGGAUAACUGAAAUAUUUCGGUUUAGAUUGGGUUAGGUUUCGAUUCUUCAAUUCGAAUAUUUAACUAGUUUCGGACUCGGUAUUACAUUUUGGCAACGUAUUUCGUUCGGUUCUUCGGGUUCAGAUAUUUUGCCUACCUAGGAAUAAUCAUAGGAUAUUGAUUGAUAAUUAUCAUUAAUAACUCCAUGUGCAAAACAGUAAGUUCAAACCUAUUGACUGAAAAAGGGUACUUUCUGAAACUUUAGUAAUAAUCCAUUAUUUAAAAAUAAAUAGUUUUCUAAAAGUAAAAUUUGAUUUUAUUGUUUACUCAAAGAUAAGUAUUCUGUCUGACAAUAUUCUAGCAAAUUACGAUUAUUGACUUGGUCAAAGAGAUUGAAGAUUGAAUUUGUCAAAUAUGCUACAACGAUUACAGACGUUGACUUAGUUGGUGCGGUGUACAUUUCUUCUGCAGGAAGUAAAAGAAGUGCAGCAAGAAGAAGAAAUGUCAACAUCAUCCGAUCCAAAGAUGAAAUCCCGGAGAAAAGAGGGGAAAGACAAGAAGUUCGAGUUGUUUAUACAAAAUGGAAGCACCUUGUUACAACAACUCAUAACCGACUGUAACGGUAAAUCAAAUCCCAUCCGUGACUUCUCACCGGAUCAAAUCCUCAAGGCUACAAAUAAUUUCGAUCCAUGUCUUCAAGUUUUUGAUUGCUGGCAUUAUACCUGGUACAAGGGUGUGAUUGAAGACAGAAACUGCAUGAUCAAGAGAUUCUCAGAAGGAGAAGUCUUAGGACUCGGAGAGGGAGAUGCUUACAAUGACAUGGUGAUAUCUGCUCGGGUAAGCAAUCACAAAAACUUCCUCAAACUGCUAGGAUGUUGUCUCGAGUUUCCGCUUCCAGUUCUAGUAUUUGACGGUGCAGAAAACGGGGUUCUAGACCAGCAUGGAGAUGCAUGUAACGGGAAUAAUAAAAUGGUGCUAUCUUGGAACCAAAAGUUAAAGAUUGCAAAGGAGGUAGCCAACGCUGUGACUUAUCUUCACACAGCUUUUCCGAGGAUCAUUGUUCACAGAGACAUAAAGCCGAUGCAUAUUUUCUUGGACAAGAAUUGGACUCCCAAGUUGUCUGAUAUGUUGUUUUCGAUUUCACUCCCUGAAGGAAAAACGCAGAUGGUAGAUAAAGUUAUCGUGGGAACAUUCGGAUACAUGGAUCCAUCUUAUCUCAGCACACGUUUAGUGACGGAAUAUACAGAUGUCUUCAGCUUUGGAAUCCUUUUGUUGGUUCUUCUGAUUGGAAAUGGUAGAGCAGCUGUGUCCGCGGGCCCUGAUGGCCAAUCGGUCGAUAUUCUUUGCUAUGUGAAAAACGUUUAUGUGAAUAGUGAGAUGAAAAACAUUUCAGAUCGAAGAUCACGUAAGAGAGAGGUGGUUGAUCUCGCGCUGAGAUGCUGUGAGGGCUUGAGAGAAGAUAGACCAACGAUGAUCCAUGUAGCAAAGGCACUUGACCGGAUCGAGAAAUCAAUUAUAUUUGGAUAUUGGAAUAUCAUCUUUGGAUCCAACCGCAAGUAGCUGAAUUCACUGAUGAAAGGGGAAGAAGUGUGGCCUUGUUAGUUGUUACUACACUUUGAGGAAUCUAGAUUAGCUUUCUUUCCAAGAGGAGGUAAAUAGCAGUCGAUAGAGUGGUGGAGGAGUCUCUUUCAUUUAUAAAUUAUGUACUCAAAUAGGAUUUGAAGAUCGAAGGAGAUGACAAAUGUUGGCAAUAUAGUGGAAGUUCUAGUAUCAGCUAUAUAAUAUUUGCUUAGUCGCCCAAGACAAUGAUUAUUUACAAUGUUCUGUUUUCUGAAGCUUUCCCUACAUAAUAUUUUUAAUUUAUUAAAGCUAUCACUGUAACUGAACAUUAGAGCAUCAUUAUCACAGUCUUUUGGUGGGUCUCUUAAGCUAAUUUCCAUUUAAAAAAAAAAUCAAAAACACAUAUUAAUCUAACAUCUAAUCUAUUAAAAUAGAAGUACAUUUAGUGUCUCAUGUUUGAUGCGUCUCCAAAAUCCGAUGUCUAACUGGAAUAUAAUUUUGAUCUUGGUGGGAAAAAAAUGGAGCUUUGUGAAUGUUCAAGAGCUGCAGAGUUUCCAGAAGAGCUUUGUGAAUGUUCAAGACAUUUUGGAUCAGAACCGGCUGUUGAUCAACGAGAUCAAUCAGAACCAUGAGUCCAAUCAACCUGAAAACUUGCAAUCUAAAGGCAAGUUUAUUACACUGAAAACACCAUUCUUCUGGUCUGCAAAGAUACCAAAUCGUAAAACUCCAGUUCGGUCCUGUUUUAGUUUCCUUGUGCCUUUGUACUCUCAUAUGUAAGUGAAUUUUUGUUUUCCUCAAUGCAAGACACCCUUGAGACUUUGUCCAUAUCAGUGAUAUUAAGAAGAAGCUGUUCAAGGAUUUAGAUGGCAUAGCCAAGAGUUCUGCGAUUCUAGCUUCUAACACAAGUUCCAUCUCCAUCACUCGUCUUGCUUCUGCAACACAAAGACCUUGCCAGGUAAGAAGGAAGUUGUGUCUACAAAUAAAGCACCACCUGCUGUAGGACCAUACUUUCAGGCCAUCAAAGCCAACGGUUACGUUUUCGUUUCAGGUGUUCUUAGACUUGUGCCUGAGGUUUGUUUCACGUCUUUUUAGAAUAAGUAGUCUUGAGUUUUGGUUUACCUUUUUGAUUAUAUAUUCUUCAUCUUCUAUGUUUGUUCUGGACACUGCUCGAGUACACGCUUUCAUCGCUUCCUUUUCCACAUAGAAACCAAUAGCUACUGAGAUAGCAAUCUGAGAAUAUCAUCAUUGCCAUUGGGCUACGGGAUUCUGGAGAAAGAAGAAGGCGAGAAAGUGUUUCCUCAAAAACGGAAGCAUGUUUCUUCAGAAACUCAUAGCCGACUGUAACGGAAUAUCAACCCCUAUCAGAAUGUUCUCUUACGAUCAAAUCACUUUGAUCCCAAGUGUCUUCUCCCUAAUGAUUCAUUUUUGUUCACCUGGUACAAGGGGGUCAUCGAAGGAAGAUCUUACCUGAUCAAGAGAUCUUCAACCAUCGAGGAAGUCUUGACGCGCCGGUGUUGCCUUGGAAUGCACGGUUGAAGAUCGCCAAGGAGGUUGCGAUUGCUAUAACUUAUCUUCACACUGCUUUCCCUAGGAUCAUUAUACACAGAGAUAUCAGGGCAAAUAAUGUUUUCUUGGCUCAGAAUUGGACUGCUAAGCUCACUGAUCUCUCGCUUGCCGUGACACUCCCUGAAGGUAAAUCGUGGAUUGAAGAGAACUGAUGGAUACUUAGAUCGUACUUAUUUGUCGACGGGCAUAUUGACAGAAUACGCAGAUGUGUACAGCUUUGGGAUCUUUAUGUUGGUUCUUCUUAGGGGGGAGACGACCAGAUAUGGAUGGACCUGAAUUUAAGUAUUAUAUUCUUGAUUAUGUGAAGGAUCUACAGGAGAGAGGAGAACCUGUUGAAUUCGGGGGUGAUUCAAACGACAUAAGGCCUGGUCAGAUGAAAAUGUUUCUCAACCUGGCACUGAGAUGUUGCGCAAUGAGGAAUGAAGACAGGCCAAAGAUGAUUUCGGUGGCAAAACAGAUUAAGCUUAUAGAAGAAGAGGAUGGUCAGAUUUAAGAUUUGAGAUUGUGCUCAAACCUAGUAGGGUUUUGUAUUGCUGGAUUUCUUGUUGUAUAUGAUUUUCUAGUAAGACUUCAUUUCGAUUA